AUGGAAAUGUUGCUGAGUGGAAACCUGAGGAGAGGAGUGGGGCUCUGCCUUCUGCUGUUGGCUCUCAUACACGAGGCCACAGGCCAGAGAAGGAAGACAGGACGCAGGAACAACUACAGGCUGCAUGACGAUGGAGGAAAUGGUCUGACAUGUUCACUGGAGGUGGCUUUCAUCCUGGACAGCUCGGAGAGUGCAAAAAUAUUCCUGUUUGAGAAGCAGAAGGCCUUCGUGUUGAGCUUCAGCACCCGCCUCUCUAUACUGCAGGUACCCGGCUGGACGCUGAAGAUGCGAAUGGCUGCCCUUCAGUACAGCAGCUCCGUGUCCAUAGAGCACCGAUUCUCAGCCUGGAAAGACCUGGAUUCAUUUCACAGUCGAGUCAGCACCAUGAACUACAUCGGCCACGGCACGUACACCACCUACGCCAUCACCAACGCCUCGCAGCUGCUGGUGCAGGAGACUCCGACGGACAGCGUCAGGGUUGCGGUGCUGAUGACCGACGGGGUCGACCAUCCCCGCAGCCCGGAUGUGAUCGCAGCUGCAGCGGAGGCCAAAGGUCACGGCAUAAAGUUCUUCGCUGUAGGUUUAUCAGACAUCGGUCAGCAGAGUCAGAACAACGCCAAGCUCCGGGCCAUCGCCAGCACACCUGCUCAGCAGUUUGUCCAAACUCUUCUUAAUCCUCAGCUGGAGGAGAAGCUGCUCAAAGAGAUGCUUGCGGUUGCAUUUGAGGGGUGUCCGAAGGCUCAAUCGUGUAUGUGUGAAAGAGGAGAAAGGGGCCCUCAAGGAAGUCCAGGUAGAAAAGGGGACCAAGGCUUCGGAGGGACACCUGGUCUAAAAGGAGCAAGGGGGGAUUCUGGCUCAAAUGGUCGACCUGGAAGUGAUGGUCCAGAGGGUCGUCCAGGUUAUAAGGGAAACAAGGGGGAGAGAGGAGACUGUGGCACUCCGGGGGAAAAGGGUGACACUGGAGCUGAGGGACCUCCAGGCCAGCGAGGAACGAAAGGAGAACAGGGGGGGAUAGGACUACCAGGAGACAUGGGACCUGAGGGUCCAGCAGGAAUGAAAGGAGACAGAGGACCCAACGGUGCUUCUGGACCGCCGGGGGACAUUGGUAUCGGAUUCCCAGGAGCCAAGGGUGAAAAAGGCCUUCAGGGAAGACCAGGUCCCACAGGUCCUGUUGGGAUCGGAGAACCAGGACUACCAGGUCCCCCAGGACCACUCGGAUCACAAGGAAACCUCGGACCACCUGGAGAGGGGCUUCCAGGGCCGAAGGGUGAUCGAGGGUACGAGGGUCCGAGAGGCAAUCGUGGACUUGCUGGCGUCGGGGUCAAAGGUGACAAGGGAGGCCACGGGCCGCCUGGGUUGCUCGGUCCAGUUGGUGCUGCUGGUGUAGGACAUCAAGGAGAAAAGGGGGAUCAAGGUCCAGUUGGACCUGCAGGCGUCAGAGGAGCUCCAGGUGUUGGAAUAACAGGACCAAAGGGGAAUCAGGGCCUCACAGGUGAGCCUGGACUGACAGGUGAGAGAGGUGUUGGAGAGCCAGGACCUAAAGGUGACCUGGGGUCCGAGGGGUUACCAGGUAUCCCAGGUGAGACAGGAGAGGACGGAGUCCCGGGACAAAAGGGUGACGUUGGGUUACCGGGGCCCAGGGGACCCGACGGUGCUCCGGGUAAAGGCACACCUGGAGGGAAGGGAGACAGAGGGGACAGGGGGACCAGAGGACAGCCGGGUGCCGUCGGUCCUGUGGGGCCGAUGGGGUCAAAGGGGGAUCCAGGAAAUAUAGGGCCACCAGGUGCAACUGGACCACCAGGGAGGGGUAUAGCUGGUGCUAAGGGAGAACUGGGCCAACGGGGUCCAGCUGGAGCCGUGGGAGAGCCGGGGACGGGUUUUCCUGGACCCAAGGGCGACAGAGGGUCUGCAGGGUCGGCUGGGACACCUGGCCUUAAAGGUGACGGUUUCCCCGGCCUUACAGGACUGCCGGGGCCUCCUGGUCUGCUAGGAGAGACUGGAUCAGAAGGCGUCGGUUUACCUGGAGCAAAGGGAGACAGAGGCUUGCCUGGACCGGCUGGACCUGCUGGGCCAGCAGGAAUUGGCAUUAUUGGUACUAAGGGUUCAGUUGGCCUAAGGGGACCACCUGGUGGACAGGGGUUACCUGGAGAGGGCAUCCAAGGACAAAAGGGCGAGUCUGGAUUUCAGGGGAUCCCCGGCCCCAGAGGUCCUCCUGGACAAGGUCUGCAGGGGGACAAGGGGGAUCGAGGGUUCAGAGGUGAUAAAGGCAAAAGAGGAGACAGAGGAGAAGCUGGAGACGCCGGAGCCAUCGGAACUUUGGGUCGAGUGGGACAAAAGGGAGAGCCUGGACUUACAAGGGAAGAAAUCAUCAAAAUAGUGAGAUCCAUAUGCAGUUGUGGAGUGACGUGCCGCCAAACCCCAUUGGAGCUGGUUUUUGUGAUCGACAGCUCUGAGAGCGUCGGCCCGGACAACUUCAACGUGAUCAAAGACUUUGUAAACGCCCUGAUCGACCGAGCCUCGGUCAGCCGGGACACCACGCGGGUGGGUGUUGUCCUCUACAGCCACAUCAACCUGGUGUUGGUCAGCCUCAGACAGGAAGCCAGUCGUGAUGAGAUCAAAUCUGUGGUGCGCUCCAUGACCUACCUGGGCGAGGGCACGUUCACAGGCAGUGCCAUCCAACAGGCCAACCAGGUGUUCAAGGCGGCGCGGGCAGGUGUGAGGAAGGUGGCCAUCAUCAUCACUGACGGGCAGGCCGAUAAAAGAGACGCAGUCAGUCUGGAGAGCGCCGUGUCAGAAGCUCAAGGGAGCAACAUCGAGAUGUUUGUGAUCGGGGUUGUGAAUGAGAGCGAUCCUCUGUACGAGGAGUUCAAGAAGGAGCUGAACCUCAUGGCCUCUGACCCCGACAGCGACCACCUGUACCUGAUCGACGAAUUCAAAGCACUUCCUGCUCUGGAGAGAAAACUGCUGAGUCGUAUCUGUGAGGACGGAGAAGGACGUUUGUUCAGCUCUAUCCCGAGCUCCAGACUGCCUCCAGGAAUCCCCGAGGUCUCCAGCAACGCUCGAGAACCUCCGUACAGGACCGAUACCGACACCCCGACCUUCACAGGAGACAUCAGGAGAGUUCAGAAAAUGCCCGGCCCUCCAUCGUCACAACCCGACGGAGAACCCUUCCCUCCACAGAGACCCCAGACGGACGACAGAAGCGCCUCAGAGACUCAGAGAUUUCCAUACUUCGACAGGGAACCCUUCAGACCCGUCACAGAGUUCCACCGACAGUUUGGCAUGAAGGACCCCAACAACAAUAUGGUGAUGACGGGAGCCAUCGGGCCGGCGGGUCCUACUCUGAGGGCCCCGCCUGAGGAGACGACACAGCUGCCGACGCCUACGACUCCUCCGCUGCUGCCUCCUGACACCUAUGAAUCAGCGGAGCCCUGCAGCCACAUGCUGGAUCCAGGACCGUGCCGGGACUACGUGGUGAAGUGGUACUACGACAGCAUAGCUAAUUCCUGCGCUCAGUUCUGGUUCGGCGGCUGUCUAGGAAACACCAACCAGUUUCAGACUGAGAAGAGCUGCAGAGAAACCUGCGUCAAGGUCUAACAUGGACCUGCAGUCACGAAUAAAACAUUUCGCUGUGACUUUGCCAUGAGGUUCACUUCAACUUCAGCGCCUUAGUAUUUUACUUGUAGCUACUUCUACACGGAUAGGGAUAAUAAACAGAGGCAUCAUUAUACCAAAACUGGCCUAAAAUGGAGUAAAAGUUUUAAAAUCAUUCACUAGUCUAUUAAGUACUAUUAAAUGUGUUUUUGUUUAUUUUGUUGGCCAGAGGGAUUUGUGUAUUAAUUGUGUAAACCAAAGCUAAGCUAAUGCAGAGAUUGUUAUGCCUGAUGUUACUUACACACACUGUGGAACAGUUCUGUUAAAAAAUAAAACAAAACUUUGUAACCACUAACCUUUCUAUUCAGAACAAGUAACCCUUUUGUAUGAAGUAAUGAUGUAUUUUUUUUUUUUUUACUUAAUGUCUGUUUACUUAAAGUUUAUGUUUUUUAAAUGUCAUUAAAGGAAAAACCAAAGCAAAUAAACUGAUAAUUUCAUGCACUGGA